CAAUGAGAUGCUCGCAGAACGAAAGACACAGCCAAUCAGCUCGCAGUACACGAGGAUUUAAACCAAGCCGACGAGUUUACACACUUCAUCGCAUCAUUCUCCAUUACGAGCUGUUUGGCGAAGCAACUUACCUUCUGGAAAUGGCUUUUCGAGUGACCCGAAACCGCCUGGCCUCUACCAGGGCUGACCUCGGAGCGAAGGCCUGCUCGGCGGCUGUGGUAAAGCCACGAGCGGCGCUCGGAGAAAUUGGAAACAUAGCAGUGACUAAAGAAGCGCAGGCAAAGAAUGUGAAAACGGUGGCCGUGAAGAAGACAAAGGUCCCUACAAAAGUGGCUAAGGCACCAGCUGAACAACCAAGAAAUGUUGUUCCUGUUAAGCCUGUGGUACAGGUUCAGCCUGAACCAGCAUCCCCUACGCCAAUGGAGACUUCUGGCUGUGAGCCUGGUGACCUGUGUCAGGCAUUUUCAGAUGUCAUGCUUCAUACUGCUAUCAGGGACGUGGAUGCAGAUGACUAUGACAACCCCAUGCUCUGCAGUGAAUAUGUAAAGGACAUUUACAAAUACCUCAGACAGCUUGAGGUUGAGCAGAAUGUUAAGCCCAGCUACCUCCAGGGUCAGGAGGUGACUAGCAACAUGCGUGCUAUUCUCAUUGACUGGCUUGUGCAAGUGAGCCUUAAAUUUCGACUGCUUCAGGAAACUAUGUACAUGACUGUGGGAAUCAUAGACCGCUUUCUUCAGGACCACCCAGUCCCCAAGAAGCAGCUCCAGCUGGUUGGAGUUACUGCCAUGUUCCUUGCUUCCAAAUAUGAAGAGAUGUACCCCCCAGAGAUCUCAGACUUCGCAUAUGUGACGGACAGAGCCUACACCACAGCCCAGAUCAGGGAUAUGGAGAUGACAAUCUUGCGAGUUCUUAAGUUCCAGCUCGGGCGUCCUCUUCCCCUGCAGUUCCUCAGGAGGGCCUCGAAGAUAUGCGAGGUAACUGCUGAUCAGCACACCUUGGCUAAAUACCUCCUGGAGCUCACAAUGGUCGAUUAUGACAUGGUUCAUUUCCCACCAUCAAUCGUGGCAAGUGCUGCUUUGGCUCUCACCCUGAAGAUCUUGGAUGCUGGAGAGUGGGAUGCAACACUGCAGCACUAUAUGGACUACACGGCAGAGAGUUUGAUUCCUGUAAUGGCACACAUUGCUAAAAAUGUUGUAAAGGUGAACGAUGGCUUGACAAAGCACAUGGCAAUUAAGAGCAAGUAUUCUACUUCAAAGCAGUUGAGGAUUGCCACGAUUCCACAGCUCAAGGCUUCAGUGGUGAAAGAUCUUGCUAAGCAGGUCACCCAGUGAGACAGCCACCGAUCAGUGCGCUGAUUUGCAUGGCUAUAACUUGGACUUUUAUUGACUGACUGAAAAGUCACUGCACUCAAACCAUGUCAGUGGUUUGCAUGCUUAAUCAAAUGCAAUUUGGGACAGUUUCUGACUAUCCUAAAGCAUGCUGCAAGUUUUAACAGGCCCGAAAUGACCAAUCAGGCCUGAGCUCUUCAAAUUGUACUGGAGUGGGCAGAACAUGCCUGUCUGGAUGUUUCCUCUAUCGGACUGAGUCACCUGCUAGGUACUCCUUUUUUGUUAAAAUCUCUUUACAUAGUCUUUCACUAGCCUGUUGGCAGAAAGCUUUCAAAUGUGUUAAACAUAAAGUGAUCUGCACUCAAAUGUUGCCAAACACUAGAGUCUCGGCAUGUUCUGCUCAGCAUUUGAGAUGUCCAAACAGCUCACAAUCUAAACCUUGUUGCAUGCUUUUAGAAUAGUUGCAUCUUUGUAGGAGUCUUGUGUAAGGAUUUUAUAGAAAACUUUUAAUGUAUGUGUGGAAAUAAGUGAAACAUGUACAGCAAUACUUUUAAAUGCUUUUACUCAAUGUCCUGUUAUUAAACUUUUAUUAAAUUCUUUUGACUAAA